UGUUAUAAGUUCUAGUAAAUAUGUCGAGGAAAAGAACGGGGAAAUUUUGUGUUGCCGCGGGUUGUACUGCAACGCACAAAGAUAUUGUGUCAUUGCACGAAUUCCCUAAGGACGGUCGGCCUGAUAUUCGGCGACAAUGGAUAAAUUUUGUAAAAACAAAGCGAAAGGACUUUACUAAUCCCUCGGCGCAUUCUGUAUUGUGUGAAAAACAUUUCACCCCGGACUGUUACCCCGUCAAAUACUCUAUUAAGAAGACCAUGGGUAUUGUUGUGAAAAAGAAGUCACUCUUACCUGACGCUGUACCGACAAUUCAUUUGGUUGGGAAUGUGGAAAAAUUCACAGGGUGCAAAAGAUCUGCAUUCCAGUCAUCAGACAGUUUAGUGCGUCCUUCGCAACCAAAAAAAAUGCGAUCAGCAUAUCGUAAAAGGGAAUGCACAAGGGUUGUGGAAUCACAUCAUCAACCUGUCGACGAUAUUUCACCGUCUGUGGUGAAGUUUACAGAUGUAGACACAUGUGAUAAUUCAUUGAAUGAUACGUGUACCGAAGUAGUGUUACGAAGUGUUGGUAUUCAAUUUUCUGGCAAAAGUGUGCAGAAAAGAUCGAAGAUAUGCCAAACAAAGCUGAAAACAGCAGACAAAGUGAUUCAAUUUGAAAUAAGGAAAGGGCCGAAAAUGACAUCAUUGGGAGUACAGUGCAACAGAGACAUUGAAGAGGGUCAUAUAAGAAUAAAGAAAUAUGAGUUGGUAAAGGGAAAGUCUUCACAACUGGGGGAUGAUAUUCACCAAGUACCCAUGUGUGAUCAUGAACCAACUCGUUUCUUUGAACCAUCUUCAGAGACAGAUCCCGACUUCAAUCCAAAUUCUGAAGAUGACUGCAUAUCAGAUAUAUCCUCUAUAAACGAAAGGCAGGUUUUAUACACGAUAAAUUUUUGACAGUGAAUGGCUAUG